CCAGAGUCCGUCCCGGGGCUCCUUUGCCACCGGAGCGUGCCCAACGUGUCCCCAGUGAGCAUGGAGCCCAAAGAGCUGUCCCCGGCCCUGCUGCAGCCACAGGUCACCGUGGUGGCCAUCCUGGGUGAGCUGCUGGCCACCCUGCCCAGGGAGAACGACACUCUGCUCGGGUCCGCAGUGAGCUUGUACCGACACGUGGUGAAAUUCACCAGGGAACUCCGGGCCACCCUGUACCGCACUGAUGACGCCUGGCGGCGCCACAAUGUCACCGUGGAUGGUGAUGACCCUGUCACCUCCCUGAGGCGGGCCCUGGCCGCCUACAAGAGCACCCCACGGACCACCUGGAACUGUCCCCGGCCCUGCUGCAGCCACAGGUCACCAUGGUGGCCAUCCUGGUUGAGCUGCUGGACACCCUGCACAGGCGGGAUGAGGAGAUGCUGAUGGUGCUCGAGUCCCCAAGGUGCCUGUACAGUGAACUGGUGGAUUUCACCGAGGAGUUCCACAACACCCUGUACUACACUGAUGACACCUGGUACCACCGCAAUAACUCCUCUUUUACUGACCCUCUCACCUCCCUGAGCCAGGCCUUGGCCGCCUACAAGAGCACCCCAUGGACCACCUGGUUCAAUGUGAAAAUAGCAGCGAGCGAGUGGCAGGAGGCGGUGUCUCUGCUUGUGGACAGCUGGGCCAGGCUGCCCAGGAAGGCCACCAAGCUCCACAACGCCUGCAGGGAGGUGGCCGCUGAGGUGGCCGACAGGGCAGCCCCUGCCACCGCCCCAGCCAGGGAGCUGCAGGACGAGGCUGCGCAUUAUGGGACAGCUCAGGAAAACAUGGUGGAGCUGGGUCAGGCCCUGGGCAGGGAGGAGGGGGAUGAGGUGGUGGCCGGGCAUGAAGCCAAGGUGAGGGAAGAGGCCAUAGUGGCUGCCAGCAAGGCAAGAAGGGCCACCAUGGCCAACAACCGCCUGGCCAAUGAUCACCUGGAGGAGACGCUUGACUACAUCAUCAAGUUCUAUGUCGAUGGUGAACCCGUCAGCCCCAGUGCCUUUGGGGUGGCGGAGCGGUGCCAAAGAGCCAUCGAGGACAUCCCAAGGCUCCUUCAACCCCGAGAGCGUCCCCAAGGUGUCCCCAACGUGUCUCCAGUGAGCAUGGAGUGCCAAGAGGUGUGA